AUGAUUGAUCAAAAAAUUUUUUUUAUUCUCUUGCAGUGGACACAUCCUUCAAAUGUAUCGCCAUAUUACUCAGUCUGUGAUGCUUCUAACAAAUAUGAGGUACCAGAGAACUGGUUAAUAACAGACUUUAUUAACAUCAAGGAUGCUACACGACUCGAUAUUGAAGUGACCUAUACCUUCCUCAACUGCCCCUUAGCUGACGUGGGGCCAUUCUGCAGAACAAACUUCUCCCUGUAUUCUUAUCAUACUGAUUUCAAAUAUAAUCCAGACCCAAAAAAACUAAAUUUCCUCAAAGAAACUGUGAUAACUCCAAAAAUUCUUCCUAUGCCUGGGGAGCGCACAACAGACACAUUUGAUGGGUCAAUAAUAACAAAAGCGAAGGGAAUUUAUUUAGCAUUAUUAGACCAAGGAACCUGCUUGACAAUAAGAAGGUUUGUUUUAAGAUAUCGUUUCUGCUCUGAAACGGUCCCUUCCAAGUUGGUUAGAUUUCCAAGAACACUUGCCCCAGCAAAUGAUAUCAAUCUAACCAAACAAGAAGGAGAAUGUACAGAUCCUAACGCGAUUAAGAAAAACAACAAAACGUUAUUUGGCGUGUGCCUUAGUAAUGGGGAGUGGAACAUAACAGAUAACUCAGCCUGCCUUUGCAGUAAUGGUUAUGAGUUGACGCAUGGAUCUUCAGACUCUUUCACAUGCAAAGGUUAGUGGUGCACUUAAAACCUGGCUUUGCCUUAGAAGCUUUAAGUCCAAAGUAAAUAUUUAAUCAUUUAAAUGGUUAAAUAUCUAAAUUACAACCCCCGUUUGUUCAUAUUUGAUAGGAAGCUUAUUAAAGGUUCGAUGCAUAACUUUCAUGAAAUUGGACUGUGUAGCCAUACUUCGUAUGUUCACAUAAGUCAAUCGGUGGACGUAGAUAAUUGGCCGAGGAUGUAUGACCCGAAAGCGCAGACCUAAGAACAAAGAACCCCUUUUGGCUAAGUACCUUUUCGUUUUGCUUCGUCUUCGUAUUUUUCGCAGAUGGAUGUAUUUAUCUAUUGGCCCGUUACGUUCAAAUUCUCUGAUCACAAAUCGUCACCGAAUCGAUUUAUUUUUAGAGCAGACACGUUAAAUUUCGACAUGGUCUACGAAGAAAAAUACAAAUCGUCGAAUUCAUAAAAAAUACAGAUCUUCUAAUUCUUAAACCCUGCCCCUCCAAUUUGUUACUUUGUAUUGGCUUAUUCUUCAUUUCUUUUUUUUAGAUAUGCAAGAGUAAGAGUAUUUUAGGGUCUUUCAGGUCUUAGAGAUUUAGGUCUGAGAACCGCAGGUUAGGGGUUACAUCAAAAAAAAAACCUGAAUGAUUAACGAAUAGGGAAGCUUUGACUGUGCUCUGUCCUGUUGUUAAGCACGCAGGAGGCGGCUGAAGCACGAAAGAAGUGUGGGGAGAAACGUACCUAGACGGGUGUUUCUCCCCACUUCUUGAGUGCGCUAAGCGCCUCCUAAGUGCUUUACAACAGAACAGAGCACAGUCAAAGCUUCUCUAUUUGUCUUAUAAUAAAGAAUCCGUUAAAUUCCCUACGCAUUACUUUCAAUUUUCAAAACAAACUUUCUUUCCGUCAGCGUGCUCUAUACUCUCAUAAAGUACGCUACAAUAAGCCGAUCAAAAUCUCUGUUAGAAUGGUUCAAAUAAUCUGAUUGGCUAUACAAGACUAAAGCUGUCAUAAGUGUCAAACUACCAACGUUCAAAAACCAUCAAAGUUCACAUUCUGCGAUAGUUUACAAACUGAAACAGUUGGGCUGGUCGAAUUUAACACUUUUGCCUGAAGUUUUUAAGUCUCUAAUACAGAAUCUUAAAGUGAAAUGUUCAGUGAAUUUCAGCCAAAUUAAGGCUCAUAAAAACACGCGAGGUUUUUCACAUGACAAGGUAGAAAAUAAACUGUUGAAGGCGAGUGUUUUACGGAUGAACGACAGCCGAAUUCACCGGAACAUGAAGAUCGCUUGGGAUGACAGCGCCGCAAAACUCGGCCCAAUGACUGAUGUGACUUUCCACUCAACGCAUUUGAAAGGAUAUCAGAGCAAGCUCUUAUUUUUUCUAUGCGGCCUAUGUAGUUUCUGAGGCUUGCUUCACUGCGAUGACCGGAGAUCACCAUGAUGAGCGAGCCGCGAUGGACCUCACCAUGAUCAUAUUCGCUCUGACACUGUCAUGAUUAGUAUGAAUUUAAACAGUUAUGCCAGUUUGGUUAUAUUUUUCAUAAUUUCUGUUUUUUUCUGUUUUGUUUUUGAACACAAAACUUUAUAUACUACACGAGUGUUAGCUGUGUUUGAUAUUUAUUACCGUACGUAAGCUUGCAAUCUAACUGGGCGUGAAAAUCUUUAAAACUCGGACUGUUUAUUUUGUUUUUCCUUUGAGGGUUUUCGUCUCUGCCUACGUUUUAAUAACGUGAAUUACGGCACCUUGCAUGUUUUCAAAUCUUUGUUUGGUUCUUCUGUGGCUACAUGCCGGCUCGCUUGUUCCGAAAUUUCACUUUAGUCCACAAACUAUCGAAGUUCACAAUCUGCAAUAAUUUACAAUUGACAUAGUUCGGCAGGUCGAAUUGAACACGUUUGCCUAAAGUUUUUCUAGUCUCUAAUACAGAAUCUGGAAGUGAAAUGUUCACUGAAAUCCGGCCGAAUUGUGGCUCAUAAAAACAAGUGCAAGGCGUGUGUUUUAUGAAUGAAAAACAGCCGAACUCACAAGAACAUAGAGAUUUAUUGGGAUGACAGUGCCGUAACACUUGCCUGCUGUGAGUGAUGUGGCCUUCCACUCAAACCAUCGGAAAGGAUAUCAGAGCAAGCUCUUAGUUGUUCACUCAAAGUGCGGCCGAGCGUGAAAACCUUAAAAACUCGGAUUGUCCAUAUUGUUUUCUCUUUGAGGAUUUUCGUCUCUGCUCACGUUAUCAUAAUGUAAAUUACGGUGCUCGGCAUGUUUUUAAUCUUUAUUUAGUUCUCCUGUUGUUAUUUGCCGGCUCGUUUGUUCCGAGAUUUCACUUUCAUUUAACGCAAAAAGCUCUCAGUCAGGAGUGCUGCUAGUUGUAACUGGCAUUUAGCAGUUACGGAGAAAAGUUUUGGUAUAGCCAUUUGCCUUUAGGACAUUAGAAACAUAUUUUCUCUCCUCAGCCUUCGAAUCGAGUGGAGAUGGUAGACAGUGUGAACUGUGAACUGAGAGUCAUUAGGAGUGAAGACAAAAAGAGUCGUCUUAGUAACCAAGCCUCUGGCGAUGAAUAGUGCCAAGGUUAUCAUAUUGGCCGUGUUCAAUUUCGCGUUAUCGUGGACCGAGUAUUGACUCCCUUCAGCCGCGUUUUACGACUUCAUCGCCAACAUUGUUCAAGAAUAUCUGCUUCACGCACUUCCUUUUCUUGUGCUGAAGCAAAAAAAGCGGUUAAUCCUGAGCCCCUUCGGGUAGCUAAUGAGAAAACGGGAUUCGCUUUUUAUUGCCCACGGGCUCUGCCAGCGACAUAAUAACUGUUAUUAUGAUAAACUAACCUAUAUGUAUCAUGCGUGUAAAUGCCAGAAAGAAAUUAACUAACCAAAAGACCUCUCUUGUCAGGAAAUUAUGAAAAUUAUGUAAAAGCUUAUUGAAAACUGAAAUGGCAUGCUACUCUUGAUACCAAUUCCAACAUACUGAGACCAUAAUCACUUGAAACUUUUAAUGGAUAACCUGUUAGAUUUUCGAACCACUUCGUGAAAGCGGUCACCCCUUGGUCCCUGUUUACAUUUUAGAUAAUGGUAUUUGCUUAUAUGCUGGAAAGAAAUAUUUAUCAUGAUAUGCAAAGAAGUUAUCAAAAUAUCAACAAGUCUACGUUCAUUUGUCUAUCAUUGUAAUUGUAAUGUUUUUUACCUUACAUCCAGUCGUUCCAGUAAUUAACAUAACCAUGGUCUUUACCAAUGAAGGUUGUACUAAUGGAAAAUUCAACCAAUCCUCAUUAGUGACGAGGCUAAAAAAAGAGGUAACCAUUUUUUUGUUUUAUCUAGCUAUUCAUAUCUAAAUUACUAAUAUUUCUGCAGUUGCGGUAUAUUACAUGCAAAUCCAUGCAAUUGCAAUUAUAGCUUCGGUUGUUUUUCAAUUACAGUUAACCACAAUUGAAAAAGAAACUUAUUUGAAUAAACUUAAACAUUCCGAGUGAGUCUGUGCGGUGCUUUCGGAUGCAUGCUCUGAUGUGGUGUUUGAAAGACGUUAUUAAUUACAAAUUAAAAAUAAAUCAUCAUUUUUAUUCUGUAAACAUUGAUAUGUUUACCUGAUUGUGUGGUGAUCUUUAAAGGUGCUUUUCGAUUUCAUGUUCAGUUUGCUGUUGUUUCCAUCAACAGAUGGAAGAGGCUUUUCCUGGGAGAUUUGCAGGUCUCAGAAGUGUGCAGUUGAAAAGUGGCAUUAGGUUUGUAAACUGCCUGGAUUAGCAAAUGAAUUAUAAUUUACUGGAUUCUAAGGUGCUCUUCUUUAUUUUAGCCCUCAUAUUUUCUCUUAAUUAAGGUGUGGAAGAACAACUGUUAACCUAGCACUUAAAUUUAAUUCCAAAACAAAAGAGCAAGAUGUUAUUGCAGUACUUCGUAAUGCUGCCAAAGAUGGAAAGCUUGGAGGCUUCAAUGUGAGUGCAACAAAAAGGACAAGAUCGCAAGCUGAUUUCGACACUGGAACUACAGAAGCAGGCACAGUAACGCUAACUGCUGACAGUAAGUUUUAAGUCUUUUGAUACAUACACUGUAGUUGAUUAGUAGCAAGAUUUCACAGGAUUGUUUAUCCCUCAUAUGUUCUUCAGUGAAGUGGUUAAUUGGAGUGGGAUUUAAUUACGAGUAUAUUCAGCAUUUGGAACAUUCUUCCUAUGUAAAUGGUAUCCACGUUAGCGUACUUUGUUGUAUUGAUUUGUUAAAACAUCAUACGUAUGUAGUCUAGUGUCUCAUUCUGCAUGACACCGCAAAAGAUAAGGGCUGUAGGGUGAUAGGAUAGGUGAAGUAUGAAAUAACAAACAAACGGAACAAUGGCGCAAACAAUAACUUGCAAGGCCUUUCUUUCUUAACUCCACCAGCUAAUGAGCUAGGGCACAAGAUCUCAUCCAAUAAAAAAUCAACUCGUGUAUUUUUCAGUGGUACUUUUACAUAUCUUUGAUAUUUUUUGCUACCGCAAGCAAAUGUCGCGAGAACGAUAAGCCUUCUGCCCGAUGUGGUUAGCAUUGAUUCCUGCUUGUCUCGGUUCUUUAUUCAGACCCUUACAUGAAUUUUGUAAAGUAAUGAAUCGUUGCUCUUAUUUUGGCAGAAUACAAAAAAAAAACAUAUAUCACAAGAGCAACAAACUAGGAAAGAAAGCAAAGCAUUUGAAAUCAGGAUCCAACAUUCAUUUACUUUAUUUUUAGUUCUCACAAAAAAUUCGGCACUGAUAUGAUUGAGAAAUGAUUGAGAAGGUGCUCGUACGUACACGUAUGUACUGCAUACAGACUUCUUCAAUAAUUAUAAAGUAACCACGAAAAGUAAUGAAAAAUGCUCCCAUCGACUGUAGUUCAGUGUAAACCUAAGAAAUUUCAUUUUGCUGGCUCGUAAUUCUAAUUAUUUUUGAAACAUCAUAAAGAAUAAGUAAGGGAAGGGUACUGGUGGAAUAACUGUAAUCUAGUUCUCAUACUUAGUUGGACUUCUUCCUGUAGGUAUCAACAUUACAUUUUAUUAGGCUUUUAAGUAAUUUUACGCGAAUUAGAUAAAAACUUGUAUGCGUAGAGAAAGGCAUCAAGACUAAACUGGCUAAGUGGAGAAUUGCAAACAUAUUGUUUGUGGAGGCAUAUAUUCAUAUGUUGUUUUUCUUGUGUUUUCAAGGUGCCCUGGGGAUUACUGUUGGUGUCGUGGUUGGAUCAAUUGCAGCACUGGCGGUUGCUUCAGGAAUAUUCGUCUUUUUCGUAAGGAACUUAAGAAAGCGCAACAGCAAGAACUCAAAUGGUAAGAGUAGUAUUUUAAAAUGCCUGCUUUGGAACAUAAGAAAAAUUGCGUGGUAUCAGGCAACUAAGAAGUUUGUGUUGUUUGUAGCCUCAUUUAAAAACAAGGCAAGUUUGAAGAUUUCGAAACAGUUCUAACAAAUCCCUGUUUGUAAGAGGUAAAAAGAUGUGUUUGUCUAACUUCGUAAUAAAAGAUGUAACGAAAUUAUUAGAUCGAUUACAAACUUAUUAAAUUUAGAAAAACUGAAAUUCCUGCGCAGUAAAAGAACAUUGAGGAAAAAAAACAACUCAAUACUACUGCGGAAAACACUGAAAACAAGAGUACGUAAAAGUGUCCGCGUCAAUUUUCAUUGUCAGGGUCUAAGUCUGUGGAAGCUGGAUUGGCUGAUAUUGUGAAAUCACGCGGACCGAACGUGAAUACCAAAAGAUAUGAUUUGAGAUUCACAAACUAAAAAAAAAAAAAUUCAACGACAGUAACGUGGUAGGCAAACCCGAGUCUUAAAGCCUCUGAGUGUUUGGGUGAGGUUAGGUGAACACGGCAGAUCUCCUGUAUGAUCUGUUGCGUUCAUGAAAUACAGACAUAUCCAAAUAUUCACGACCGUGAUUAUAUGCCCUCAUUUGAUCGAGUCUCUAUCAUUUUAAUAAUUCAAUUAUAGCCCUAAACUUAAUGACCGCUUUCUGCUUAAAUUGUCCAUGUAUAAAAUGAGAUAAAUGUCAGAAGACAUCAUUCUGCAUUUCCUUUGUACUAUUUUAUUACUUUCUCUUUACAUACUUUUCGAGCUGGUUUUUCAUGUUUUUCAUACUUUUUUUUCUGUUUUUUUUUCUGUUUUGGAAUCAGGAAAAAGAGAAAGGUGAGAUUUCUAGAACGAUGAAUUAUCGUCGAAUUUCAUGUUUUGUUGCAAACUGUGUACAACUGUGAACUUGCCUAAUGUUAGCAUGGAUUAUGAUAAUUAUGCUCAGAGCAAGAGUGUCAUCUAAAGUCAGUUUCACAAAGCAUCCUUAACGUGAUGACUUUAAAACUGCUCACGAGUGUGGGUUAUCCAGACAUAAUUAUCUUUUCUUAGAGUUUGUCCAUCAAAGGAAAGGCGCAGAUGCCUAGCUCCUAAUGUUUAUGAUACCUUUUUUGCGCCAAGACAGUAGCGCAAAAUGUGACAUGCUGUAGCUAAUCAUUUCAUAACUAAUACUCAUGGAGUACGCAGAGGUGUGCUUUCCAGCCGAAAAAAUUGUCAACGUGUUUCAUCCGAUAGAAUUUGGAUUAGAGAGAAAAUAUGAUAUUUUCUUUAACUUUUAGGAAAAACAGAAAAACAACUGAAGAAAUAGGACAAGUCGUUGUAAGUCGCUUGAAGAUUUUAACUUUUAACCUUUUUCUGGUAGAAUACAGUAUAUCGUUGUUUUUUCCAAGAGGGCACGGUAACGAAUCCUUCAAUCUGAUUGGUUCUUAGCGCAGUCCGGAUUUUCCUACCCCUGUCAAUGGGCAUAGUAACCCUUUUAUGGAUCGCAGAGUGCAUUCCUAGUUUCGUUGCAAAUUUUUUCACAAAUAUACGUUGCCUCACCGGCUAGGCAGCAUUUUCAAGCGCAGACUUCGGUCACGAUCUCAAGCCGUAAGUUGAUUAAUUAUAAUUUGCUCGCUCUUUCUCAAAUCAAUUUGGUUGCUUGGAUUACUGUUCUGAAGUUUGCAUAGAAGUCUUUUAAAUCACCGUUAUCAUAACGCAAAUAAAAAUGUUUCGGGGAAGCCUAAAUCUUUCAUUUGUUUUCUCUACUUUCUACUCGCUAAAAAAUUAUUCAAUUUAUGGAGGAUCUUGCCUUAAUUACAGGCACCCAUAGGUUUAAGAACAAAAUUAUUUAAAGCCUUGUUCGGUCCGUAUUGGGAAAACCUGUACCCUCUGCCUUUUUUUCCCGAAACGGAUUGUCUAAGGCUGGUGAAUAACAUGUAUGUACUUUGACAGAUAUUGGUGAUCUAAGUUUAUAUCAUUCUGUCUCAAUUGCGAAAUUACUUUGCAAAAGCACUUUUAAUAACACCACUGGAGCUUCAUUCUCUUUUAAGCGCGAUACGUUUUAUGUCUUUGGAUAAAAACUGUACAGUGUUGACAAUGUCGUUUGCAUUUGAUGAAAUUAUUUAUAACCAGCGACGGUUUGUCUUUUAGUCUUCAGUUAUUCCUUGUUCACAUCUGCACCACCCUCGCUCUGCGAAGCCAUAAUGGCAUAAAUAUUCUUUUAAGAUGCCUCUAAGGUACAUUGCACAACUGAUGGCAGAGACGAAGCUCAACACCCCGCAAAUCUGAACAAUCAUUAGUGUAAUCUGUAGGAAACAGACGAAUAAAAAUUAAAGUUUAGUACGUGCAAGCACCUUUUCUCUAUUUUUUAAAUUUUCAACUGGCGCACUUUCAGUAAUAACUCCAAAGAAUGGAAAAUAGUGUCAUAAGUAGUUAUGAAAUUCCGCUGGGAAAAAGCUGAAAAAAAAUUAAAAAUUUGAUACGAGCUAGCAUAUAUUCUUUUUUUUAUUGUUAACUCUGCACGCCUCUUAGUAAUAGCUUCUAUAAAAAAGGGAAGAAAGUGUCUUAAGUGGUUAUAAAUUUCCGGAUCAUACGCUAAAAGAAAGUGGAAUUAUAGUUAUAAUGUUAUGCAACAUUUUCGCAUGAAAACUGUAUACAAGAACAACGAAAUGUUGUAGCUGUAGCUCUAGUUAAUGAUUGCGUUUAUUUUUUCAAACUCAAAAGACUGGACUUGAAAUGGCGGAAGCUUCUCAAAGCCAGAAGUGCUUGGCAUUGGAUGAGCGGAAUCGGUCACCUUCCAUGACAGAUUCAGGGUUGGCGAACUGUUCACAACCAGGCCAGUCCGUCACUGAAAACACCUCUCUAUAUCCAUCACCACGUUUUUCGAAGAUUCCUUCAGAGCUCGUGACUAUAGAAAAAGUCUUUGGUCAAACUCAAAAGACUGGACUUGAAAUAGCGGAAGCUUCUCAAAGCCAGUAUAUGGCAUUGGAUGAGCGGAAUCGGUCACCUUCCAUGACAGAUGCAGGGCGGGCGACCUGUCCACAACCGGGCCAGUCUGGCACUGAAUACGCCUCCCUAUUUUCAUCACCACGCUGUUGGGAGAUUCCCGCAGAGCUUGUGACGAUAGAAAAGGUCGUUGGUGAAGGGGCUUUUAGUCAGGUUGCCAGGGCAACAGUCAUAGGCCUCAGGGAAGACCAAAGAAGACGCUUGUGGUUGUUAAGAUGUUGA